AUGGACGCCGAACGCCCCAACCUAUCUACUACCCUACCCAGGAACUUCAUGUUCCAUUACCGUGACGGCCCGGCUCCACAGACUCCCGAGCCAGAGCCGCAACUAGAGCAGAUGCAACCGCCGCCGCCGCCCCGACAGGUGCUCAAGGUGCGUCGCCGCCGUGCCACCCUCGUCAUGAACAACGACGACAUGGACGCUGUCAUGGACCAACGACCCAUCCCUACAAUUGAGGCUCCCGAAGUCAUGUCGGAAACCUCCAACCUGCUACCACCCUACUCACUACCUCAGAACGACGCAUUCUUGUCUCCAGGGUUCAGCUUCCCUCGUAUGCUUUCCCCACCCAAGACUCCCGCUGCCCAAGUGCGAACAAUCAGCCACUACGAGGGAACUCAGGACUGGUCCGACGUCCCACAUGUCAGCCAGAGUGAAACAUCUAGCAGACCCACCUCAUCGUCGGGCUUCUCAGACUCAUCCGUCUCGUCCUGCGAUAGCAUUGGCUCCUUCAUGUCCAGAGGCGGCAGCUGCACAAGCCCCGAAGAUGAAUCAUCAGACCCUUUCACCUUCUACCCGCCCACAAACAAAGCCCAACGACCAAGCUCACCUUCGAUGGGUACCCAACAGUCUCGCUCUGCAACAAAGCUGAAGUUGCGAGCCACCUUCAGCGAGGAGAUGGAUCACCACUUGUGGAUGACUUAUAUGAAGUACCUGCAGGACCCUACAGUGACACCCUUCAAAGCCCUUCCGAGCACUACACCACCGAAUGGAGUAUGCCAUCGUGUAGCGAGAAUGGCUCGCAAGACAUGGAAGGGUCCGAAGUCUUCUCGCGCUGGUGCUCCCAACGCGACCCCACAACACGGUUUCCUUGCCGGUACACCAGGUACAAUGAGGCCGAUCAGGAGUGGCACCAACACACCUGUAGCUAGGCCGAUCAAGUCCACUAUGCGCUACCCCAGUGAGAAGCAAUGCCGCAAGCGCUUACGAGACUUGGCCAAACAGAAGCCGUCGCUCUCUGCACACUAUCAGCGUAUGCUUCGUCGAUCGCCCUCGCCGCUGCAAUCCUCUCCUCCACCUGAGCCCGAGCCACAACCGCGUCAACAGCAACAACAACCACAGCAGCAGCCGCUGUCUUCGCCAUUCUCGCAAGGCUCUACUUCCUUUUCCACAAGAGACAUGAACUUGUCGCUGGCCACAAGCACUGCUACGUCGAUGCAGUUGGGCAACCCACUGUCGCAGCUUGCCAACGAUAUCACACCACGACCGGCACCCCGAACAUGGUCGAGCGCGCGUUCUUCUGCUCACCAGAAGUCACAAUCGCUUCAUAUCGGCCUCGGACUAGGCAACAUGCUAGGCUCACCCUUCCGUGCCAGGAACGAGUCAAGCAACAGCAACACGAACCAGAGCAAUGCUCGAACAUGGCAUGCGCCGUCGUCUGCUGGCCACACCCCACGUCUUGGCUCACCUUUCCAACUGCAUGCGCCGCGACCCAAGUCAAGAGUCUUCAAGCGUCGGGCGCUCCAUAACAGCUUCGAAGAUAGGGCGCGAAACCGCGGAGACAGCUUCGUCAACGAGAUCUUUGGAGCUCCAGCUGAAUCGAGUCAUCGUCGCGUAAGAAGCCGUGGCUUCAGCUUGGGUGACAUGAUGGAAGGUGCCCGACGACUGCCGUUGAUCAACGACCCGUUAGGGUUGAACCCUUUCGCACAAAGCGGUUCUGCUAUGCCUAGCCCGGCACCAACAUCCCCUGCCGUGCCAAUGGAGGCCCAGAACAAAGGUACCGUCCGCUUGGGCUCACCGUUCGUUGGUCGAUCGAGCAAUACCUUCCCUCGAGCGAAUGUUUCUCAUAGCUUCGAGCCGCCAGCAUCGUUCGAGGAGCGUUUUGCCGGAACACCUCGCGACUCAGCAUACCUGUACCGAUCUUAG